AUGAGAAAAACCAAAGCGGGUGACAUUGUCGUUGACCUGGGCAAAAGCCGAAAGUCCAGAGAGGCAGCCGUCCCGUUGAAGAAAGCACUCACCGAAAAGCUAGCUGGUGCCAUAGUCACUGUGGCAGCUUCUGGCACCUUAGUAGAUAUGGAGGUCAUUGACCUCGAACCCACCUCCACCGCCGAAGGUGUUCUUGCAGCACUAAAACGCGCUUUCCUGGCGUUAAGCAAAAGUGACAAGCAAAUCGAGUCAGCAGUCAACGACAUUAAGGUCACCUCCAUGUGGAGGUUGAAGAACAGGCAGCAAGUAGCCAAAGUUAGCGUGCCAAGGCGGGCAAAACCAACAGAGGUCAAUAGAGUACGGGUAGGAUGGACGAGCUGCAGGCUUAGAAUUCGCCAUCCUGAAGCCACCAGGUGCUUCAAGUGCCACGGCUUCGGUCACUCCCAGGGUAGUUGUUCGGGACCGGAUUUGAAAGACUCCUGCCGGAGGUGCGGGUCAAAAGAUCAUAAGGAAAGGGAUUGCUCCGAAACAACGAAGUGCGUCGCCUGCGAUCGGGUGGGGUACAAGUCAGGGCCCCACAGACCCGGGAUGGCUGCCUGCAAGGCCAGGUGUGCUGCCGAGUCCUGGCGCUCCAGCAACCGUCGCAAUGAUUAA